AUGGCCUCUCCAUUCGACAGAGCGCCAUCGCGGCGCCCAUCACUACUGAAUACAUCCUCCCAUGAUGGGGACAAGGACCUGGCGCAUUCGCUCAAGCAGCUGUCUCUUUCGACGUCGUCGGCUAGCAACUCGCCCCGGGCCUCGAGCGCCCUGUCUCCGAUGAGACCGGCCGUAAAUCGAACAUCUCCGGCACCGAGUCCUCGAGCCCCGUCUCGAAGUCCCUCCUUUGCGAGGGAGCUCUCCCGGUCCAGAUCUUCGACGCCGACGCUGCAGCGCUCUUCAACACCAACACUUCAACGCAAAACCUCCACGAGUUCCUUGCACUCUGUGAGUGGCUCCUCAAGCCGAACGCCCAGCCGAGCGCCAUCGAGGCGGACUAGCAUGGUGUAUGCCUCAUCUCCGGUCUCAAAAUCCCCUUUGCGACCGAGCCCCCCUGAGUACAUCAAGCCUGCGCCUACAGCGACUACAGUCGCCCGCGAUUACUUCAAGACCGAAUUAGAGGUUCACCACUCACCAACUUCGACUCGGGCGACCGAGACCCUCGUCAUCCUCCACGAUGCCUGCUACGGACACCGUUUCUCCCGACCCAAGACCUCUAAGGGUGCCCUCAGCACCAUCGUUGAGCGGCCUGAGAGAAUCAAGGCCGGGGUUCUGGGAGUUGCCAUGGCCUACGUGCGACUCGGUGAACGGCACUGCGAUGGCGCAUAUGCGCUGCAUCCAAGUCUAGAUCCCUCCACUAUUCCGACGAUUCCGUUUCGCAUCUACAAGACCGAGCGGAGAUUGCCCCUGACAUCGGCGGCCGUCACCAACGUCCACGGUACCAAGUGGAUGGAGGAGCUCAAGAUGAUGUGUGAAGGAGCAGAGAUAAAACUGGCGACUGGUGGGAAGGAGCUUCAGAGGCCAGAAUUAAACAGGGGAUCGGACGGACCGCCCGCAAAGUUCCACGAGGGUGACCUCUAUCUUUGCUCAGAAUCGCUCGAGGCCUUUGAGGGUGCGCUGGGUGCCGUCUGCGAAGCCGUAGACCGAGUUUUCACAUCGGGUCCUCGACGAGCCUUCGUCGCUGUACGUCCGCCGGGACAUCACUGCUCAGCUUCUUUUCCUUCGGGGUUUUGCUGGGUUAACAACGUCCAUGUUGGAAUUAUGCAUGGUAUUCUAAACCACGGUCUUACCCAUGCGGCCAUCAUCGAUUUCGAUCUUCACCAUGGAGAUGGCUCCCAAGCCAUUACUUGGGCGCAUAAUUCACGAGGAGUGAAUGCGGCCAAGAACACGGCAGCUUGGAAGAAGGCGUCCAUCGGCUACUUUAGUCUUCAUGACAUCAAUUCGUACCCCUGUGAGUGGGGUGAUGAGGAGAAGGUCAAGAACGCCAGUCUGUGUAUCGACAAUGCCCACGGCCAAAACAUCUACAAUGUUCACCUGGAAUCGUAUGGUUCAGAGAAGGAGUUCUGGGAACUCUACGAGUCCAGAUACUCAGUUAUCAUCGAGAAGACGCGCAAGUAUCUGAAAAACCAAGCAGCUCGUGUGCGCGCUCUCAAUCUGCCUCCUAAGGCGGCAAUCUUCUUCUCGGCUGGAUUCGAUGCUAGUGAAUGGGAGACGAAGGGUAUGCAACGUCAUAAUGUGAACGUUCCCACCGAGUUUUACGCUCGUAUUGCUCAAGAUGUGGUGAAGCUUGCCGCAGAAGAAGGUCUGGGGGUUGAUGGGCGCGUUAUCAGCGUGCUUGAGGGUGGUUACAGUGACCGAGCUCUUUACUCUGGCAUCUUCAGCCAUCUGAGCGGACUCUCAGGCAAUCAGACACCACCGGAAGAGCCUAUUCGGGGUCGCUCUUCGCUCGGUGGCGAAAUGGCAGGGCAGAUUGCAGCAACCAUUGCUGGCGAACCAUCACUGCACCCUUACAAAUCGUCUUGGUGGUCGAGCUCCGAACUCGACGAGCUAGAAGUUGCGAUGGGCAACAGACCAGCCAGCCCGAAAAUGAUACGGCACUCAACCCCGCCCACAUACUCAACUCCCACACAAGCAUCGAUUGGUAAGUCCAUAGAUCCGGCGAGGAUGAGGCGGAUGGCCUCAGGCUUGUCGAAUGGAAUGCCAUAUUCGCGACCAGCAACACCGCCUCCCCCUGAUGUGCCAUGGACCAUAGCAGCCCAUGAGCUGAGCAGGCUACUCAUCCCGUCAGAUCGCCAAGUCGACAGCUGCCAGCCUGAAGACUUGAACGCGGAGGCGACAAGGGCCCGGAGAGACCGACAGUCGAUUAUUAACCCUGAUCUUGUGCCGCCGGCGCCUGCUCCUGCGCCGAAGCCGAAGCCAGCAAGCAGACCAACCUCGCGGAUGUCUCUGAGGGAACGCAAGCCAGCGAAGCCUGGCUUGUACGUUGAUGCAGACGAUGACGAUGAAAAGCAGUCAAAUAAUCGACGGAGGACGGUUGCGGGCCCUGCUGCGCUAUCAUCGGAGAAGGCAACGGCUCGAGGUAUACCCUCUGAUACAAAUGGAGCAGCUAAGCGACCCGGUCGACGCCUUAGUGGCGUGCCUACUGUGGCUGCGAAUGCUCCCAACCCAGAUUUCGAGGGCCCCGGAGUUCCAGCUCAGCGUCCGGACACUUCUAUGAGUGUGCGACCAGACACAGCGAUGAGCGUCAGAACUCAGAGCGCUACAUCCCUGAACGUCAAAAAGACGAGGGCUCCCGCAGUCAAGAAGGAUGCCCCGAAAACUACAAGAAUUGUGAAGAAGCCUGCCGCAACAGCGAAGCCAUCUCCUCCCCAGCAGACUGGGCCAUCACAGCCGCCUCAAAGGAAACCGAGCCCAGCUGCUACAUCCGAGGACGACAUGGACAAGUUGACUGCCGGUAUGAAGAAGGUCAAGAUCAACUUGAUCACCAAGACGCAGAAAGAAGAGCGAGCCAGAGCAGCUCAGGCAGCUCAAGCAGCUCAAGGCGCCCAAGCCAAAACUGCCACACCGCCCACAACCGAAGAAGCAAAGCAGAGUUUCCCAUUUGAAGCUCAGAAGGCUUCCUCGCCGGUGGCACCUCCGAUCGUCACACCUCCGCAAGACGACGCUCUUGCUACACCGCCGACGCAGCCUCUGGUGUUUGGAGACCCGUCACCGCCUGCUGUCCCAGAAGGCCGGCCGGAAGUGUCAACUCCAGUGACCGAGCAAAUGCCUCUCGCUGCCACCCCUGAUCCCCGCUCAGUAGAGCUCCCUGCCAGCUCACCCGCCGCGAUGUCGCCGAUCGUUGUGACGCCCUCAGGCUCGGACGUGUUCAUCAACUAUCAGCCGGAGGGCCCCCCUCCUGUGUCUGUAACGCCGUCAGAACCCCUGAAGUGGAUGCCGCCCAAUACCAACACGCCCGUCAAAUCUUCGCCGUCUAAGCCAUCACCAGCCAAGUUGUCGUCAGCCAAACCAUCGCCUAUGAAGAAGUCUCCGGUGAAGAUGAUGCGAGCGGAUCUGCCAGUCUUCACCUCCACGUCUGCCAUCCCUUUCGCGCCGCCGGGGAUGAGUGCUCCGUCUGAGCUCAAGAGAGAGCCGGCAGUCAAGACCGACCCGGAGGAGCCGGCAAAGUCGGUCUGGGACAUCCCGGAAACUCCGCAGAGGCAAUAG